GUCUUUGGUUGUCUGUUUUAUUUUUUCUUUCAGGCGUUCCUCUUUACCGUGUGAUCUGACAUCUUGUUGAAAUCUAUGAAUACUUAAAAGCAGUUUUAAGAAGAAGUUUGCCACAUGUCUUUUCAUAAAUUACCACAUUUAUUACUUGGCGAAUGCACUUUGUUGACUUGUUUAAUUAUUUUGCAAAUGUGAUGAGAAAAUUCCCAAAUUCAAAAUUAUUCUGCUGUUGUUCCAAAUAUAUAAAUAGGCUACAUUCAGCUUAAAUAUAAAUACAAAAAGUGCACGACAGUGUCAGUUAGGUGACAACACCACAGCCGGGUUAUCCUCAGCGAAAACCUUUGUGCAGGUGUCGGGCUGUUUUUGCUGAGGAAACCUCAAACUUUGGCAUUGUAACUGAACAGCAGCAGGUGUGCGACAUCUAAGUUUGUGUGAGGCGCUAAAAGUGGCAUCGAGGAGCUGAUUUUUCUGCAGGAUUUUCAUUUUACCUCGUUGUCUCCCUCAGACACAAAUAUGCCGCGCUCGUUCCUCGUCAGGAGUAAAAGGACUCAUCUGCUGGGCCCAUCUAAGGAUUCAUAUCGGCAACAUUUCCUGGACCAGUCAGACACCCAGCAGCCUGUGCAGCAUGUGACGGGACAGAACAGGAGGGGUCCUAAAGACACUGUGAAGCCUUUGUCCCCCGUGUUCGGGGUCAAAGACCUGCUGACUGAAGUCUGCUCACCGUGGGGUGGGGUGGCAGUCCGGACUCACAGGGGCCCUACUGAUGAUCCUUGGCCCUCAGCUCCUGUGGAGACCAGAAACGCUCCGAUGCUGGUUUCACCUUGGACGGCAGACAGACACCAAAUAUCUGAGAGAGAGAGACAACUGGAGGGACUGGUCUUCUUGUUACUCAACCACACAUCACACACUGACCUCAAAUCCCCCGUCAGCGAGUGUCCGCUCUGUGACAAGUCUCUUUCAGAAGUCUUAAUGUCGGGAGGCGGCCUGCAGGCUCAUCCAUACAACUCUCUCUACGUCCCUUUGACACGAUCACCCACCGCCACAGACAUGUCCCACCUGCCCUUUGGCUUCAGAGCGAUAAGCAGCUACAGAGGAAAGGAGCGUAGCUUUGGCUGCAAGGUGUGUGGGAAGGUGUUCAAGCGCUCAUCCACUCUGUCCACACACCUCCUGAUCCACUCGGACACGCGGCCGUACCCGUGCCAGUACUGCGGCAAAAGGUUCCACCAGAAGUCAGACAUGAAGAAACACACCUUCAUACACACAGGUGAGUGGACACAACCACGUGCCUCAACCGGGGGAAGAGUCUUUAAAAAACCUGGAGACUGCUUAUGCACAGGGCCAAAAUUUGAUGUAACACCCCGGCUGCACACAACCAAAAAUAAACUGCUCUGUGAGAUGCUCUGCUGUGCACUUCCCCCCUCAGGUGAGAAACCACACGUGUGCAAAGUGUGCGGUAAAGGAUUCAGCCAAAGCUCCAACCUCAUCACGCACAGCCGAAAGCACAGCAGCUACCGGCCGUUCAGCUGCCCGCACUGUCAGCUCAGCUUCCAGCGCAGGGUGGACCUGCAGCGCCACCGACAGACGCAGUGCGGCUAUGGAGACAUGUUCACUCAAAACUGACACCACGAGGUGACGAAGGCACGGUGAACCUUGGUGACAUUUGUGAAUAAUGCUUUUCUUAACUGUAAAAAAAUGCAUCAAGUAAAUGCUUAAAAAAUACAAAGUGAAAAUUAAUAAAACUUGAUUGAUUUUGUAAGAAUGUUUUUUCAUCCCGUCUUUGUGUUUU